UUUCAGCUGAACUAUGACGAGAUACGUCUGCCUCAUUUUGACAUAUUAUCUAGUUAACUUUAGUUACUGCAUAAAUCGACCGGUUUUCAAAAUUGUUCUCACACAAAAAGGAUUUGCACAGUUUCUCCAGUACGAUAUAGAAACACCAGCCAUUCGAGAAUUUACAUUUUGCACCUGGUUUCGUGUUUUUGACUUGUCAAACGAUCAAAGCGUUUUCACAUACGUUGCAAACGGCAAUAAUCGGGUAAUUCAGAUGUGGCUUGACUCAGGCGGCAAAUAUAUGAAAUUAUCCUUGAAUAGGCAAACUUCUUCAAGUAUUUUGGUAGAUGUGCCUAAAAAUACGUGGCGCCAUAUUUGUCUGUCAUAUCAAUCAGACUUUGGAGCUUGGGCACUCUAUUUGGAUGGCCGUCUAGCAUCUUGUGAAGCUGCUCGAAAACUUCACGGUUUCAUAUUACCCAGCGGUGGUAGCGUUAUAAUUGGCUACGGUAUCGCUGAGAGCGGUGCUCCUACAGGUUUAGAAGGGGAAAUAUUUGGAGCAAACAUGAUACUCAAGUCAACAAUAGAACGUAAUCAUACUAUAAAAAGAGAUCCUCUGUAUCAACAAAAGCUUUUUCGCAAAAAUAAGAUUGUAAGCAAUGACAAUAGUAAAUAUAUUGUUUUAAACAAUAUGACUUUUGAUUCGAUACCAGAUAACUCAGUAAAUAUGAAAUUGCCUAUUUCUACCACUACUCGGAGUUUCAUAAAUAUUAAAUCGGCUCACGGUAAAAUUGAACAUGACGUCGGUUUAGACUUGAUUCCAAAAUUGACUAAAUCUACAAAAGAUAUAUCAAAUGAGAAGGAUAUUUUCGAUAUACCGUGGACUCCCAAAAACUUAGGUAAAACAAAUGAUGAGAGAAUAAAUUUUUGGAAUCUAUUGAGAGAAACAAGUAAUAUAGGUAAAAUAAAACUACACAGUAGUAAUGAAAGAGAGCAAUCUGGUUCUGGAACUCAAGAACUCAUCAAUGUAUCAGAAUAUGAAACUCCGCCACCACUACGGCCACAAUCAUUUAAAGACUUUACACGAGCAAGUACACAAUUUAAAAAACCUGUUUUAAAAUCUUUUUUUGAAAUAAAAGAGAACGAUGAAGUGUUCAAACCUCCAAAUAUUAAAACCGAAAACGAAUAUGAAGUAUCUGAGGUCAUAAAACCACCCCCUUUGCAAGAAAAAGCAAAAGUGUAUGGUCAAUGGACUAGUUCACAGUUCGCUAACAGUGUUUUAAACUAUCUUAAAAAUGUCAAUUUUGAAAACAAAAAGCUAAAAAAAGUUCCGUCAACAAUACCACUGUUUAAAGUAUCAGAUAAUUUACCCUACGCUUCAGAUUUUAGAGUGACCAAAGUAUAUCCACCCUUAAAAAUAGAACGUCGUAAUAGUAUAAGUAACGUUAUUGAUAAACGUGUUAUUAAGCUUCCAGAAAUAAAUGUUAAAAUUGUAAAUGAUGAUUUAAGAACACAAAUUUUAGACUUACAUGCUAAAACAUUGCCAAAAAAUGUGGAAAUUACAAAUCGAGGGCAAAGUGUUAAGAAUAAUAAUUACCACAGAUUUUAUAGAAAUGUAGAUAAUAACGAAAUUUCAAGCAAAAUAACUGAUGGUGCUAAUCUAUCAAAACCAGAACCCUUUGCUGCGGCUCCUAUAAUAAAAUCUAAAAGAACUUUGUCAGACAGUGAUUUGUAUAUAAAAAGUAACUUAAUGUCAAUACUUCCUUUUUUAAAGUCAGCUGAAUAUUUCUUUGACGAAUAUGGCGAUAAAAAAUAUUUAAAUAAUAAUGAAAUGUAUACCAAAAGCUUGUUAAACACUAAUAAAUGGCAUAACAUUAAACCUUACAAUAACAACUAUACACCGCGGCACAUAAACAUGGAGUCAGGUGAAAUUCUUUUCACUAAUGACAAAAAUAUAAAUAGUAAAAAAGGACUAUUCAAGGUAAAAUAUAAGCCAGACAACCACAAAGUAAUGAAAAAUAUUCAAGGAGCAGAAAUAAAACACGGACAGGCUCUUGCAUCAGAAAUAUCUAGUUUUUCUAAUAACAAUUCAAAUUUAGUUACACUUUUAAAAUAUAAUCAUGGUUUUCUGUCAAAUAAAAAUACAAUAAAAAGUAACAAUGGGCGUGUAGUGAACAAAAAUAAUUUUAAUCAGCAUAUUAAAAUAGGCAAUGCACUAAACGAACGAUUUGUAAUAGGAAAUAACGAAGUAAAUAACAAAAUCAGUUUUGUUGGAGGUACAGAUACAAUUCCUGAUAUACACAGAUAUCGAUCUGAUAUUGAUAAUGAAAAAGAGAUGGUGCCACCAUCACUAGGCCCUAAAAUUUGCAAGACCGUUGAACUGUAUGAUCGCUCAUUAUACGUCCAACCUGAUGGUAGCGUUGACGUUAGUAGUAUAUUAUCACCAGUCAAAGAAAAAAAUCUGGCCGUCGAAUUUGUUGUACAGAACUAUAAGAAAUGUUCUUUAAAAGAGUCUUUGUUUGAAGAAAAUGCUUUAAUAUUAAUAGAUUGGAUUAAAACUCCGAUACGGCUAUUUGGCGGAUCAUAUAUAAAGAAAACUAUUAAUCUAUGUGGUUUCUUUUAGAACUAUUAAGUGAAUAA